UUUUUUUUUUUUUUUUUUUUUUUUUUGUUUGGUCUGGAGAGAUAUUUUGGCGGAAUACCGCUUGGCCGUGCAUUUUAAGCGGAGUUGGAAGCGUGUCCACAUGCAUGUAUAAUACGGAGUUCAUAACAUCCAUACGUCCACCAAAAGGUAGCAGACGGGGAAAGGAAAUCGUAUUCUGCCGGAGAUAUUUUUCCCUUCGCCAGAUAUUGAGAAUUGUGAUACGAGCGGUUGUAUCGAAAAUCUCAACAAAGCCCGGGGUCUCAUCGUAUUAGGUACUCGCUCCCAACCAAACUUCGUCGCUACAAGAGAGUUUAUCCCCCCAGUGAAUCCUGCAUGUUGGUUUGCUUUCCCCAGAAAUUGAAGAGGGGGAACUCCGUUGUCGGCAUUGGAGUUGGAAAUCAGACUGCGAGACUCCACGGCGGGGGGAGUUUAGCCUCAUCACUUCUUGCAUAAUCGAGCAAACAAGAGAACCAUGUGUAUCCAUGUCUUGGGUAGUGUAUAAGUAGGUGAUCUUCGCUGACAUCACGCGGCAACAAAAUUGCAGGGUCGGACCUGACAUGGGGGACCGGAGUGUCCAGGGAGGAGAAUAAAUUAUGUAUAUUUUGUCUUUAUCCUUUUUUUUAAUUGAAAUGAGCCAGUUCCACAACUAAUCAAAAAGGAACGUGAUGCUCAAACUGGAUCAGAGACAUGAAAGUGAAUGAUGGGAGUCGAUGAAACCACAGUGGGCCUUCUCCUGGCCGCAAAAAUCGAAACAAAAAAGCAAAGUCCUCGUAAAGCUCCGGAAAAAGCAAUGUUUCUUUCUCGAUCACUAGGUACCGAUCAUCCGCCGCCUUCCCUGUGGAGGGCAGAGGCUCUAACGUUCGCCAAACGCCAUCAACGCCACGGGCUCGUAUGUCGGCCAAGGAAGGGUCUGCAUGUUUUCCGGGCAAUGCAAGGAUACUCCAGAAAACGUGCUGUCAUAGUUAUGGGUUCUCCGAAUUUCUGUACAGUCGUCGAGUCCUAUGCGAUAUUACGGUCAGACCGCUUCCUGGCCACAGGGAUUGAGACCUUGACCGGAACAAUUGAGGGGAUAUUCGAAAAGAAAAUGAUGUAUAUCAAAAGUUGCUCCCCAACAUCAUCAACAACAGACGAGCUGCAACUCCAGGAGACCAACAAGGACCAACGACGAAGUCACAUGGGCACUGCGCCAAGGAUGACGGCGAGCUGCGAACUCCGAAGGUGCCUGGUCGAUCAGCCGAGGCUCGCUGGUUGGAUUUGA